CACGGGCCGCCUAGCGGGCCUUGCGGGCCGGGCGCCGGGGCUUGCGGCCUAGCGGCGCCCGGAGGAGGAAGUCCCUAGGGAGAGGCCGGGAACAAGUGCGGAGCAGGAUAAUCGAUUCAGCAACAAGCAGAAGAAACUCCUCAAGCAGCUGAAAUUUGCAGAAUGCCUAGAAAAAAAGGUGGACAUGAGCAAAGUAAAUUUGGAGGUUAUAAAGCCUUGGAUAACAAAAAGAGUAACUGAAAUCCUUGGAUUUGAAGAUGAUGUUGUGAUUGAAUUUAUAUUCAACCAGCUGGAAGUGAAGAACCCAGAUUCCAAAAUGAUGCAAAUCAACCUGACUGGAUUUUUGAAUGGGAAAAAUGCUAGAGAAUUCAUGGGAGAACUGUGGCCCCUGCUGUUAAGUGCACAAGAAAAUAUCGCUGGGAUCCCUUCUGCUUUCUUAGAGUUGAAGAAGGAAGAAAUAAAACAGAGACAAAUUGAACAAGAAAAAUUGGCAUCUCUGAAAAAACAAGAUGAAGAUAAAGAUAAGAGGGAUAAGGAAGAAAAAGAAAGCAGCAGAGAAAAAAGGGAGCGGUCUCGCAGCCCCAGAAGACGCAAAUCCAGAUCUCCUUCCCCUAGAAGACGAUCUUCCCCUGUCAGGAGAGAGAGAAAGCGCAGUCACUCUCGAUCUCCCCGUCACAGAACCAAGAGCCGGAGCCCUUCCCCUGCCCCAGAAAAGAAGGAGAAAUCUCCAGAGCUCCCAGAACCGUCAGUGAGAACGAAAGACUCUUCAGUACAGGAGGCCACGUCUACAAGUGACAUCCUGAAAGCUCCCAAGCCAGAGCCUGUACCAGAGCCCAAAGAACCUUCUCCAGAAAAAAAUUCCAAAAAGGAAAAGGAAAAGACCCGACCAAGAUCCCGGUCACGUUCCAAAUCACGGUCUCGGACCCGUUCUCGAUCACCUUCUCAUACUAGACCAAGGCGGCGACACAGAUCCCGAUCGAGAUCGUACUCUCCUAGAAGGCGGCCAAGCCCAAGGAGGCGACCAUCUCCUCGAAGAAGAACUCCACCAAGACGAAUGCCUCCUCCACCAAGGCAUAGGAGGAGUAGGUCUCCAGGGAGACGGGAUGCAGGUAGUGAAGUGAAUGCUUUAUCCCGCAGAAGGAGGCGUUCUUCCGCAUCCCUGUCUGGAAGUAGCUCUUCAUCCUCUUCAUCUCGUUCCCGGUCGCCACCAAAGAAGCCUCCCAAGAGGACAUCCAGCCCCCCUCGGAAAACACGUAGGUUAUCGCCUUCAGCAAGUCCUCCAAGGCGAAGGCACCGGCCGUCAUCUCCAGCAACUCCACCACCCAAAACUCGCCAUUCCCCAACUCCUCAGCAGUCAAACCGUACAAGGAAAAGUCGUGUUUCUGUGUCUCCGGGAAGAACUUCGGGUAAAGUGACAAAACAUAAAGGUACUGAGAAAAGAGAGUCACCUUCACCAGCACCCAAGCCUCGGAAAGUAGAGUUGUCUGAAUCUGAAGAGGACAAAGGCAGCAAGAUGGCUGCAGCUGACUCUGUGCAACAGAGGCGACAGUACAGACGGCAGAACCAGCAGUCUUCAUCUGACUCUGGCUCCUCUUCCACCUCAGAAGAUGAGCGGCCCAAGAGAUCCCAUGUGAAGAACGGUGAGGUAGGCAGGCGGCGGAGACAUUCUCCUUCUCGGAGUGCAUCUCCAUCACCUCGAAAGCGCCAAAAAGAGACUUCCCCUCGGAUGCAGAUGGGAAAACGAUGGCAAUCGCCAGUGACUAAAAGUGGGAGAAGGAGGAGAAGUCCGUCCCCACCACCUGCCAGAAGGCGACGAUCUCCUUCUCCAGCUCCACCUCCUCCUCCCCCACCUCCUCCUCGGCGGCGCAGAUCUCCUACCCCCCCGCCACGACGAAGGACUCCUUCUCCUCCCCCACGUCGCCGCUCACCAUCUCCAAGAAGAUACUCUCCUCCCAUACAGAGGAGAUACUCGCCUUCCCCACCUCCAAAGAGGAGAACCGCCUCACCCCCGCCUCCACCCAAGCGAAGGGUCUCACCAUCACCACCACCAAAGCGCCGGCUCUCCCAUUCCCCGCCUCCCAAACAAAGAAGCCCUCCUGUCGCCAAGAGACGCUCGCCCUCCUUGUCUUCAAAGCAUAGGAAAGGAUCCUCCCCAGGCCGCUCCACCCGGGAGGCCCGCUCACCACAACCAAACAAACGGCAUUCACCCUCACCACGGCCACGGGCUCCUCAGACCUCAAGUCCCCCCCCUGUUCGAAGAGGAGCAUCGGCAUCACCCCAAGGAAGGCAGUCCCCGUCUCCAAGUACUAGGCCUAUUAGAAGAGUCUCCAGGACUCCGGAGCCUAAAAAGAUAAAAAAGGCUGCCUCACCAGGACCUCAGUCUGUGAGAAGGGUUUCGUCUUCCCCAUCUGUCUCUGGAUCUCCCGAGCCAGCGGCUAAAAAGCCUCCAGCACCUCCAUCUCCUGCGCAGUCCCAGUCACCCUCCACAAACUGGUCACCCGCCCUACCAGCCAAAAAGGCUAAAAGUCCAACACCCAGCCCGUCUCCUGCCAGGAAUUCUGAUCAAGAAGGAGGUGGAAAGAAAAAGAAGAAGAAGAAGGACAAGAAACACAAAAAGGAUAAGAAACACAAGAAGCACAAAAAACACAAGAAGGAGAAGGCUGUGGCUGUAGCCACUGCAGCUCCUGCAACCCCUGCAGCUGUUUCUGCUGUUGCAACCACCUCUGCACCUGAAGAGCCUGUGGCCGCACCAGAGCCCAGGAAGGAGACUGAAAGUGAGGCUGAAGAUGACAACCUUGACGACUUAGAACGGCACCUGCGGGAGAAAGCCCUGCGGUCCAUGCGGAAGGCUCAAGUGUCCCCACAGUCCUAGGGGACAUGUUUGUUAUGUUGUAAAUUUUAUUUGGUUUGUACUCAAUUCAAUUUCAAAAUUGCUAAAAUGUGUUUGAGCUUUAGACUAUAACAUUUGUUGUAAUAAUUGCUAGGUUGAAGUUCACCAUGUUUUAAAAAAGGGGGGCAUGGAUUUACAUUACAAAGGUGUCCACGGUGUAUUAGUGACAUUCUUCCAUUGACAUUUAGAGUGAAAUAUUUUAAGCCAAAAAAAAAAAAAUCUCUUUUUUUUAACAAAGGGGGUUUAAAUAUUGUUGGCAUUCUUGUGGUUCGUUUAAAGGCCCCUGCCGCUCCCCGGAGUUUUUUCCCCCUUUCUCUUGAAUCUUAGCACCCAUGUAAAUUAUGCUUCCAACCUUGUAUGGGUUUGUAAGCUUGCCCAGAAAUGAGACCACUGUUGAAGAGCCACAAAAGUGUGAGUGAGUGUUUUAAUGCUGCAGACACUCCUGAUGCCUGUGGAGUCUGCUGACACGUCAGGAUCCCAGCUCCAGAGAGAGCGGAGCUGCUGCUCGUGGCUGCUGGAGAUUCUGUCCCUGACAAGUUCAUAAGUUGAUUUGGAAUUCUGGGAUUGCCUCCUCUUUGGGUUUUGUUUUGUUUCCUUCUCUCCCUUUUUUCUUUCUCUUUUAUAAAGGCAAUUCAAUAGCCCCAGGAAGGACCCUUCAGUUAGAUAAAUUUGUCUCAUGAAACUCCGUGGCUCCCAUGCCUGUCUUUUCCUUCCUCUUCCAAUCGGCACACCCUGAGGAGCUCUUGCAUUUGGCAGCCUGGACUUGGACAUAGUGUCUGGUUUCACUUGUUUUGUUUUAUUUUAUUUUUUAACUAAAGCUAUAUAAAGCUUGUGGAUUAAACAGAACAGAAUAAAUUUCUAAAUUUAAGAACA